AUGGCACAAGCCGUCAAAGCCGUAUAUCCAAACCAGAACCUCGCUCUCCUGCCUCAGCCGUACUGGUGGUGGGAGUCUGGAUCCACCGUCGACGCAUUAUUAACGUACGCCGAAGCCACCGGAGACAAGCAAUACGAAACCCUCCUCUCGAGCACGAUUAUGAACCAGGCCACGGGGACCAACGACUUCAUGACCCCUGACGCAACUGGUAACGACGACCAAGCCUGGUGGGCGCUCGCUGCUUUGACCGCUGCAGAAAACGAUGUCCCCGUUCCUUCCGGAGGAGUUCCCUGGCUCACACUCGCGCAAAACGUCUUCAACCAGCAGAAAGCCCGCUGGGACACUACGCGCUGCAAUGGCGGCAUGAAAUGGAAAAUCAACGUCGGUGACGGCACAGACGGCUACCACUACAAAUCCAGCAUCGCAAACGGUCUCUUCUUCCAGCUCGCCGCGCGCCUCGCCAAGCUCAGCAACGACGCUGACGCCCUUUCUUGGGCAGAGAAAGCAUACGACUGGGUCACUUCCGUGGGCUUGAUCGAUGGCGAGUUUAAUGUGUUCGAUGGCACUGACGAUGCGAAGGGGGAGAAUGGAUGUGUCGAUGUCAACCAUGACCAGUGGAGUUACAAUGUCGGCGUCUUCUUGCAUGGCUCUGCGGUCCUUGCGGCGCAUACCUCGGAUGCGAAAUGGCUGGAUCGUACCAAGGGGUUUGUUGCGUCGACGCAGCGCACGUUCGUUCGCGACGGCGCGCUGUUUGAAGAGAAGUGCGAGGGCGAUGGGAGUUGCAACACGGAUCAGGUUAGCUUUAAGGGGACGCUGGCGAGGUGGCUGGGUGGUACGGCCGUGGUGCUGCCGGAGCUUAAAGUGCAGAUUGCGAAUCUGAUGGGCGCGAAUGCGGCGAAGGUGCAGGGUGGCUGGAGUGCUGGGUUGGCGGCGAUGGAUCAGUUCACGGGGUUGGAGGUUGUGGAUGCGGCGGUGAGGGCGAGAGGGGAGCAGCGGGUGGCGGAGGAGGGGAUGAUUGGGAUGAGCAGGAGUGGGAAGAGGGAGGUCGAGAAGAGAGGGAGGAGUGUGGCGGGCAGGGUGUGGUGGGAGGCAUAA